AUGCCUUCCAAAUCUGUCGCUACCAAGCCACCUGCUUCUGGCUCCGAGGACGAGAUUGGCGCUUCUGAUCAGGAAAACUCGCGACCUGCUCCUCCCAAGAUCAACCGCACUGUCGUCAAGAAACCCGUCAAGAAGGCCACCACAACUGCAACCAAGAAGACGACCACCAAAUCAAAAGCUGCGAAGGAGCCUGUUGAUCCACCGGAUGCUAGCGACGCCGAUGAACAAGAGCCCGCUAUGGAGCCUGCGCCAAAGCCAAAGCAGAGGAAAAGAGUCUUGAAGAAGGAUGUCGUCGCAAAGAAUCUUGCACCUGCUCCUGAACCGGAGACUGUCCCUGAACCAGAACCUGAACCUGCGCCCGCUCCACCGAAGAAGUCCACAAAGUCCACCAAGCCCAAGACGACAGAUGCCCAACUUGACCAGGAUAAGCCAGUCGCAAAGCCAAAGACCAAGUCAAAGCGCGCACCCUCUCCUGAGCCCACCCCGAUCAUCCCAGAAACACAGCCUGAACAUGAAGAGAUUGAACAGUCCGUCGUCGAAGAAGAGCCUCCAGCCGAUCUUAUGGAUAUUGACAGAGAGCCCUUGACUGCACCACAACCGCCAAAGACACACUCACGGCAACGCUCAGCUUCAAUACAAAGACAAGCUGCUCCUGGUGCUAUCUACUCACGUGCUCGCUCAACAUCAAGACAACCAGGCACAUACUCACGAGGUCGCAGUGCCAGCGACACAGAAAGAAGAAUCGCAGAGUCAGAAGCAAACCGUAGAUUGGCAGACAUGACCAAAAAGUACGACGAAAUGCGAAUGAAGUACGACUCGGUGAUUGAGCUGGGUCCAAAGGCUGCAGAGGCAAACUUUGAGCGUUUGAAGAAGGCAACAGACCAGAAAGCAAAGGGUGAACGCGAACGACUUGAUCGCAUCCUUGAAAAAGAACUCGCCGAGAUCCGCAAAACAUCCUCAGCAACCGUCACCGAGUCUGCGAAACUCCAAUCCCAAGUCGCAUCUCUGACAGCAGAAAACGAAAAACUGAAAGAAGAGCACAAAGCCACCACAAUCAGUCUCACAGAAUCGCAGAACGAGUCCAAGGCAUUGACCGCGAAACUCGAAGCCGCGAGAAAGUCGAACGCAGCAACAGAUAAAAUACCUGGAUCUGCAGUCAAGAAGAUUGAACACGGAAAGUCUCAUGGCGCAAGCGCGGAAAGUGUCAAGGAAAAUGCAUUGAAGGAAGAGUUGUACCGCGACUUGACAGGCUUGAUCAUCACAAGCGUAAAACGCAAAGACGGUGAAGACGAAUACAGCUGCAUUCAGACCGGUCGCAACGGCACAUUACACUUCCACUUGACCAUUGCUACCGACGAGGCCAUCACGAAUCCAAAAACACCAUCAGGACUUAGUUACGAAGAUACCGAGUUUGCAUACGAACCUCUUUUGGAUGCCAACAGAGAUGCGGAUUUGAUGGAUAUAUUGCCUGAUUACCUCACAGAAGAGAUUUGCUUCCCGAGGAAUCAUGCUGUCAAGUUCUAUACCAAGGUUGUUGAGAGUAUGACCAAGAAGGUGGUUGUUGAUGAGGAUUGA